GCAACAACAGCAGACAUCUCUUUCUCUCCACACCAGCAGUGCUAACUAGUAUCCGGCUGGAAGUGGCUUGUCCACAGUGAUCAGCACAGCUUUGGGAAACAGAGCAGCAGCGGCAGUGACUGAGACUGUGGGGGCAGGAAGAUUAUUAUGGAGAUGGAGCCACUGACGAUACUUCUCUGGGGUCAUGAGUUGUGUCUUUCCUUCACAUUUGUGUAAUUUGACCACCUGGACUUCAGCACCACCCUCCCCUCACCUAUGCCAGCAGGACCAUGGGCAGUGUCAGCAGCCUCGUCAACGGCAACAGCCUUAACAGCAAACACGUCAAGGCGUCUGAACAUAGGUUAAAGAAGGGAACAAGUCCUCAUAGAAAGAGCGGAGGUUGCAGCCUUGACGGGUUACUAAAGUGCGGAUUCACUCAGGGCUCCUCAUCCACCUCUCAUCCCUCUAAAGGCCUGUCCCACUCCCGCUCAGGGCGAAGUGAAGAUUUUUUUUACAUCAAGGUGAGCCAUAAACCGAGGUCAGCGUACCAUAGAGGAGGAUCAAUGGAAGAUCAUGCAGGUGGAAAGAACAGAGAUGGGGAAUCAGACGGGCGACUGCAACCAAAACUUCUUCUCAUGUCGGGAAAAAUGAAUGACAGGACCUCUGCUGAGAAGUCAUUGGUCCGUUCCACUGCCUUCAAGCCUGUGAUUCCCAGGAGUACAUCCUCCACAGAGACAGGCCACAAAAGCCUGGACCACAUCCUUUGUCCUCUGGAGAAAGCAAGGAGUCCAGAUACCAGACACAAACAAGACACCUUCUCAGGGACUCUUUCUGACUCUGGACGCAACUCUAUGUCUAGCCUGCCCACCCACAGCACCAGCGGCAGCCUAAGUGCUUCCACGGGCCCUGUCAGUCAAAGUGAUUCCAGCUCGGCUCCCGCAAACAGCCUCAGCAAGGGAGCGCAACCCAAUUUCCCUCCGUGGGUCAACGGGACCAGCGCUAACCUUGACUGUGGCUACAGGGCUGGUUUAAGCAGCGGCAUGUUGGCAUCUAAAGCUAAUGGGGACGCUGGCUCUCCACUUUCUGCAGAUGAGCCAAGCGCUCUCUCUGAAACUGCAGGUGGGAUUCGGUCCCCCAUUACUACAGAUGAGUCACUGAUUGAACGUUUGGAACAGAGGCUGCUGGAGAGAGAGAAUGAACUGCAGGAGCUACAGGUGUGUUUCGAAGACAAGGAAGCAGACACCUGUCAGUUGUUUGAGGAAAGACAAAGGUACUGUGCCGAUGAGAUGCAGGGGCUGAAGCAGCGAUGCUCCAUCAAGCUGCAGCAAGUGUCCCAAAUGGCUGCAAAAACCCAGCAAGCACUCCAGCUGCAGGUCAGCCAGCUCCAGGCGGACAAGGAGAGGCUUCAGGAGGAUGUCUCAAAGCUAACCCGAGAAAAGGAUCUUGUUGAGCUCAGACUGAGGUCCUAUGCGACAGAGAGCACACAUCUCGCUCCGACACUUGAGGAAACUCAAUGGGAGGUGUGCCAGAAGACAGGGGAGAUUUCAUUGCUGAAGCAACAACUGAGAGACUGCCAGGCAGACGUCAACCACAAGCUGAAUGAGAUAGUCAGCCUAAGGGCAUCACUGAAGGAAAGCACAGCAAAGAUGGAGACGCUCGAAAGACAGAAUAAAGACCACGAGGACAAACUCCACUCUCGCACCAUCGAGGUUGAGGUGUGCCAAAAUGAACUUCAGCGCAAGAAGAAUGAGGCCGAGCUGCUGAGAGAGAAAGUCGGCAAACUGGAAAAAGACAUUCAGGGAAUGAAACAGGAUCUGGCCAUUGCCAAAGAGCGGAGGCUGCAGCACAGGUUGCAACUUGAGGCCGAUGCCCAGACUCAGGCCUCGGAAAGUCUAAUCCAGGACUCGGACUCCCCUGCACAAGGCCAAGGGGAGGAGAACGGCGGACACAUCGUCACAGAAUCACUCCAGAGAGAAGUGGAGAGACUGAAGCGGCAGCUCGGGGAGGAGAAGGACGCACAAGAGAGUCUUGCCAAGAGCUUUGAGCAGGAGAAGCAAACGUGGAAUAAGGAGAAAGACAGGGUCAUCAAGUACCAGAAGCAGCUCCAGAUCAACUACCUGCAGGUGCACAAGAAGAACCAGGACCUGGAGAGGAUCCUGAAGGAGCUGACCGCUGAACUGGAAAGCCGGACGGAGCUCGGCAUGGACAUCAACUACGCCUCAGGGUUACAAACAUAUGACGACGUUAUUGCCACAGAGAUUUGAUGGGAGCACUCACACAUUCAGUAGAAGUGAACUGGGCACUUGACUAUUUUUUCAUCACAGAUAUUUAUGUAUUCCAGCUGGAGAUCAUUCACUGCUAAUUAGUGUUUUACAAGGGUUAUUUAAUAGAAUGUGCAUAAUCUAGUGUAUUUUG